GAAAGAAAUCAUGAGACCGACAUUGUUUUGUCCACUUUUUACGUAGAGCUAUUCAAUCGCCAUCUAUUGAGAUUAUCGGAAAUUAAGUUCCAACAGACGGGAUGAGGGGUGAAUUGUGUAACCUAUUAUGCAGACUGUGCUGGCUCUGUCAGAAUUGCAGAUAAUGUAAAAUUAAAAUAAGUUUCCAAAUGUGGCCAUCCUUAUAUUAAUGCCACAAUGAGUUCUUUACAACAGUCGAGUCGCUUUAUACCAUUCACGAAUAGUGCUCAGCGGUCACAACUACUUCCUGGACAAGGAACUUUCCCACAAAGCCUCAGUGGAAGUGAGACAGAUGUUUCUACAUCUAAUGAGAACCUAAGCCAUGAAGAAAGAUAUGUAAUCAAGCACACAGCACGACAAGAGCCACAAGGGCAGGAGAAUCUUAGCUCAAACAGAAGCAGUUUAGAUGUAUCGUCGUCUUCCUAUAAUACUCUCAUCAUCCAUGGAGCUGGCGAUGAGAGCUGGACUGGCCGGUUAUCGGGUAUUCGAGAUAUGCAAGAUGGAAAUGGUCAGAACUACUUGUCAUCUCAUUCCUACAGUGCAUCACCAACUGUGGAAACAAACAAGAAAAUGGGAUCUCAUUCCCAUUCUCCUUCUCCUUCACUCUCAUUGGGCAGCAACAAAGAAGGUCGCAUCUAUGAUCCCAGUGUUCGUGAGAUAACUGAUAUUCCUGAUGAUUACUUGAGUCAAUCACAGGUUUUAAAACACCUUGCAAAAGAAGUGAAGGUUGUUCCAUGUGGCACAGAGGGAAGUAAUGGAAUUAGAGAAUCUGCUGCAGGAGAUGACGAGGAAGAGGAGGAAGAAAGUAAAAGAGGGGAUUCUUGUGACAGACCAGAACGAUUAUCUGCAGGCAGAGAACUUACACCACGACCUCCACCAGAAUAUCCAAAAUGGCUUGACUCCCCUGUGUCAUAUAGGUUAAGAGGUACUGGUGCUGGUCCCACAGGAACCCUUGCUGAUAAGAUCAACCUCUCAAGAUCCCAGCCAGAUCUUUCUCGCAUUGGUGCCAGCAAAAUUGGGAGUCCCAGGCCAAAAACAAAUGGACGUGAGGAUGUGAGGAGGGAUGUUUGGCCACCAGCGGAAAUGGUUGAAAUCCUGAUCCAAGAAAAUAGCUCGCUAAAAUUAGAACUUGAAACUUGCUAUCAAAAAGUGGCAAAAUCACAGAAGUUGGAGCAAGAGAUAGCCAAAGUACACAGAGCACAUGAGGAACUAGUCCAGGGUUCAGAGCGUCGUGAGCGACUAGAGCGUGCUGCUCGCACUAAGCUGCAGACAGAAGUGCGGCGGCUUCAAGAAGCAAACCGUGCUCUUAGAGAACAGGCGGAAUUACUGUCUGCACAGCUUCUAACAGGGCCCCGAGUGUCAGUAGCAGCUGCUGCAGAGCACUCUGCCGAUUCACGUCUUAGAGAAGAACUCAAUCGACGAGAAAUACUAGUUGCCCAACUUAUCACACAGAACAAAGAGCUUGCUGCAGCAAAGGAGCGCCAGGAAAUUGAAUUAGCUGCUCAGAGAGCUACGUUGCAAGAGCAGAGAACACACAUUGAUAUUCUGGAUACUGCUCUCACAAAUGCACAGGCAAAUGUAGUGAGAUUGGAAGAAGAGUGUCGAAAAAAGCAAGUUUAUGUUGAACGAGUGGCUCAGUUGCAGCGUGCACUAUCGUCACUUCAGUUAGCAAGUGAGCGUCGAGAGCAGACUGAACGAAAACUGAGGCAGCAGCUGGAGCAAGAGUUGCGUUCAGAGCGUGGUGGCGGUGGUGAAGGAGCAGGGUCUGGAAAUGGAGCUGAUAACAAGUCAGGAGAAUCUGCCGGUAAUGGAGCACCAUCGAGUAGCGAAGUAAUUGCUGAACUAAAACGACAACUGAGAGAGCGUGAUGAUCGAUUAGUACGGCUUGAAGGUGAAGUGGCCAAAUGGGAACAGCGAUAUCUGGAAGAGAGUGCGCUUCGCCAAGCUGCAAUAGAUGCUGCUAGUAUUCCCAAGGAUGCAAAAAUAGCUGCCCUUGAGAAAACAAGCCAGGAAACUGAAAAAUUGAUUGCUGAAGCAAGAUCUGAAAAGAUACGCCACAUGGAUGAAGUCCAUGCAGCUCAGAAAAAAGUAGCUGAUCUAGAGUCCAGGUUAAAGGACCUAGAAUCAAAGCUUGCAGAACGUGAUGCGAUGAUCAGGGUGCUACAGAAACACACAUAUGAUAAAGAUGUGUCUAGUUUUCCGAGCAUGCUGGUAUGUUCACCUCAUCACACCCCUCAUCCCAGUCUACAUGGCAAUUCUGAUCUUGGUGUUUUGGGAACUUCAGUUUCCAGAGAGGAACUCGACCCUGUGUCUACAACCAGUGUUUUCUCCACUGUCAGUGGAGCAAGCUGUAGUACUGGCAUCAGUUCGUACACAGGGAGCUGUAGUGACUCUGCUGGUAGCAAGCUGAGCUCUUACCAUCGCCCUCUGACUUCAAGUUAUGCUGCAACUCGUACAAAGUAUGGCAGUGUUGCAGCAAACAAGAGUUUUGAUGAAACAAACAAGUCACUUGAUGACCAGCUUAAAGAGUUAGAUUCUCAGCUGGAUUCUCAACUCCUCAGUAAGGUGGCGAGGCUGUAUGGAAGGGACUUCUUGGUAUGCAAUGGGUGGCAGCUGUCAAAGAGGAGUCAACUGCUGGUGGUUGGGUAGGUUUAACAAGUAGCUGUCUUUGAGGUGGAGGUCAACAUUGAGGAAGAUGGCUUGUUGCGGUAAAGAGGACCAGAUGAGGUGAAUG